ACACGAAUAAGACAAUUAACAAGUCUUGAGUCGAGAGGCGGUUAUGUGAAUAAUACAUUUGUGACUCAUUCGUGUUUCGUUUAUACAUAUGAUAUUUACCAAAUUGUCAUUUUAGGAAAAUUUAAAAUUGUUUGUUAUUUGUGUUAUCUUUAUUAAGUAUCUAAUUUUUGGUGUCGCCAGAUUACUUAUUUUAAGUUCUUUUCGAAGACAACAUGUCAACCAAUACAUAUAUGUUAGCCGUUCCAGUGAAACGUGCAUCCGAUGUUAAUAUAGUCAAACCUUUAAAAAAUUUAAUAUCUUCUCAUUAUAAUUCAUCUGACAACCCUGAAGAUUAUACAGAAGCGAUAAAUGAAUUGAGUAAACUUCGUAGUCAAGCUCUAUGGAAAGUGUUGGAUAAAUACGACAAUUCUCUUGAACUGAUUUACAGCUAUUAUGAUCAAAUAUCCGCUUUGGAAGCUAAAGUUCCACCUUCAGAAGUACAGAUUCCAUUUAAAUGGAAAGAUGCUUUCAAUAAAAUGACAUCUUUCUUUGCUAAUGGAAAAGUUAAUCUAACUAUGAGUUCUAUUGCAUAUGAAAGGAUUUGUGUGUUAUUUAACAUAGCUGCUCAACAAAGUGCUAUUGCAGCUACUCAAAACUUUGAAAAUGAUGAAGGAUUAAAGCUUGCUGCCAAAUAUCUCCAGCAAAGUGCUGGAAUAUUUAAUUGUCUCAAAACAACAGUUAUGAGCGUUAUUCAACAAGACCCAACUCCUGAUUUAAAUCCAGAUAUGUUGGCCAUGUUAUCUGCUCUUAUGUUGGCUCAGGCGCAAGAAAUGUUCAUACUUAAGGCAAAUAUAGAUAAAAUGAAAGACCAAUCAAUUGCCAAACUUUGUUCGCAAUGUGAAGAUUAUUAUGCAGAAGCUGUAAAAUUAAUGGAUAAGGAACCAGUUUUGGAGUCGUUAGAUAAAGAAUGGACUUGCAGUGUAUUAGCAAAGCAAGCAAUCUUUCAUGGGUUAGCCCAAUACCAUCAGUCCAUGGUGUGCAAAGGAAAUAAAUCUGUUGGUGAACAAAUAGCAAGACUUAACGAAGCAAUAACUUAUUUAAAACUCGGGCAGAGUCGUUGUGGUCGUUCAAUUUACCAAGGGCAAUAUAAUAAAGCUCAACAAGAAUUGAUAGAAGCGAAAAAAGAUAAUGACUUCAUUUAUCAUGAACGUAUACCAGAUGUGAAAAAUUUAGAGCCUAUUGCAAAAAUUGCUAUUGCCAAAUCUAUACCGGUUCCGGCAAAGUUAUCUUCAAAGUUUAAAGAUUUGUUUGAAGACUUAGUGCCAAUUUCUGUACAACAAGCACUUAGCACUUAUGAUGUGAGGAAAACUGAAUUGGUAAAUACUGAAAUUGGAAAAUUAAGAGAAGCCACACAAAUUCUUAAUGGGUGCCUUGCAUCACUUAAUUUACCAGCCGCAUUAGAAGACGUAAAAGGUGUAGGAAUACCACAAUCGUUGAUAGAUAAGUCGAACAGCGUAAGAAUGAAUGGUGGUGUUCAAAAACUCGAAUCAAUGAUCAGAGAAUUGCCUGAGUUACUGAAACGAAAUGAAGAAAUAAUUGUUGAAUCUGAACGGAUGUUAAAUGAAGAACAAGAUUCUGAUGACCAACUUCAAGCUCAAUUUAAAGAAAAAUGGAACCGAACAAAAUCAAGCGCCCUUACUCAAGUUUUUAGAUUAAAUAUUGCCAAAUAUCGUGAAAUAGUUAAAAAUGCUACAGCUGCUGAUAAGAUGAUACAUGAGAAAUUUGAUACUCAUAAAAGAGCCAUAUAUUUAUUAUCUGAAGGUCAAGAAUCAAUUCAAAAUGUUUUACCAGCUUCUUCUAACUCUGGAGUAAACUUUGCCAAUUCUACUGCUGCUGAUAAAUUAAGACAUCUUAUGGAAGAAGUGGAAGUCAUGAAAAACGAAAGAGAUGUAAUUGAAACAGAGUUAAAAUGUGCAACGGCUGACAUGAAAUCAAAAUUUUUGAAUGCAUUAGCUGAAGAAGGGACUAUAAAUGAAGGAAAUCUUUCAACAGAGAGUUUGGAUCAAUCUUAUGGACAUUUACAAGUGCAAGUUCGCAAUAGUCUUGGUAGGCAAGAACAACUUUUAUCACAUAUACAGGUGGUGAAUUCAGAAUUUUGCAAAGAGAAAAACAGUGGUGGCCAGAGAGAGGCUCUCUUUAAAGAUUUAGCUGCUGGAUAUGAUGUUUUUGUUGAUUUACAAAACAAUUUAAUGGAAGGAACUAAAUUUUAUAAUGAUUUAACGGAGAUUUUAAUAACAGCCCAAAAUAAAAUAUCCGACUUUUGUUUUGCACGAAAAGCAGAAAAAGAGGAACUACUUAAAAGUAUUACUAAAAAUUUGAGUCAAGAGAAACCAGUAACUGUGCCAAAACCAAGUCAACCUCAUCAGGCAGAUACGGCUCAUAUAAACACAGGCAUAGCGAUGGGUGGCCAACUACCUUAUCCGGUUCAGCCACAAGGUAUGCCAUUACCGUAUACACUUCCGAGGACGGGUCCAUAUCCUGGAUAUAUGCCACCACCAAUGCCAACAGCAUACAACCCUUAUGCAACACUCCAUUAUCCACAACAAGGUUAUCAGAACUAUACUCAAGGCCAACAACCACAAUAUCCUCAAUAUCCGCCACAAUAUCCACCACCAAAUCCACAACAGCCUCCAGCACAAUGGUGAUAUUGUUGUUUAUUACUUAAAUGUAAUACAAGGAAUGUUUAUUGAACAUAAAACUAUAAUUAUUUUAUCCAUAUUUAUUAUUAUUAGAAAUUAUUGUUAUCGGGCAUAAAUAAGUUAUGAUA